CUUUCCUGAACCCAGCAUACAACGAUGCUCACGAAACUUGUUCUCUCAUUUCUACCCUUGGUAGUUCUGGCUAAUGCCGAAGAGUGCAUCGAUUAUAGUGUCCAUGCCUCAGAAAUUCAAAACUGCUGUCCUCUGCCGUUCGGACUACCUCAAGAACCGUUAGAGGACUGCAUAAAACCAGCAGAGCAGCAAGUUCCAGACAAAAAUAAGAAGAGUUUCACCGCCUGCGCUUAUGAGUGUUACACGAAAAAGCUCGGCAUCAUCAAUGGUCAAACUGUUCAAAUGGACAAAAUCAAGGAGUAUAUGGAAAAGCUGGAAGUAAAUGCCGGACGCAUAAGAAUAGCCGCUUGGGAUGCUUGUGAUCAAAAUAAGUCCAAAAUUCUCGAUGCUCUUAAAGGGCAUACACUGAAAUGUCAUCCGUUUGCGUUCAAAAUGAUGACCUGUGUCGAGUAUCUGGUCGAUCGCAACUGCCCUGCCGAAUAUUUCAAUGACAAAAGUGAAAUUUGCCAAAAACUACGUUCCGGCGUGCCAUUUUGUAAUUCAUCAUAGAACGAGCAAUGAAUGUAAUAUUUAUCAGAUUUUAAGCGAGAUCCCGCUUUGUAGAUUAUCUAAUAU